AAUGCACACAAACCCUAAAAAUGAUCUAUAUAUAUAAUACCAUAAAAAACGUAGGCGUUUUCAAUCAGUUGUUUGUUUGUGGUGUUAAAAUAAUUUCACAUUAAUGUUUGGCGUCCUGGUCCUUUACCUAAAAGACUGUAAUAAAAAUCGUCGUGUUUUUUCCAUCUUAGUAGAAAUAGUGUGUUUCCAGGUGUCACUACGCCCCUGGCUCUGGUUCGUCUGCCUGUCUAUUGGGUGAGGAUGUCUCUAUUAUUUCCCAUCAACAGGUGCCCCAUAGAGGUGUUCUAAUAGCCCAGUUUGCUGACUGGCAGGUGGCCAGGAGCUGGGUUUCAUGGACGCUUUCUUUCGUCGUGGCCUCGCUCCCUCCUCUCCUGUGAGGGAACUUUAAGGUUUUUCCUGUCGGGACGGUGGAUUUCAGCACGACUCUGCCAUCGGGGAGGAAACUCUGCAGCAGUCCUCAUUAAAAUUCCCUGUCCGUACACUCACCGCGAAAGCCUCCUUUAGUGGGUGGCACCGGCGUCCUGCGCGCCUCUUAAUUGCGCACCGAGCGCUAAGGAGCGAUCGCGGAUCCCAGUCGUCGCCAGUGGCCGCGCGGAUCACGCUGUCUUGAGUUGCGUUCGCGUCCCGACAUUUAAGGGUGAGGGAGGAAAGGUGGGCGCAGAGGUCCGGAGGUCCAGAUAGAGGGUGGCGCUCUGCGCAUCUCGUCCAGCGCCUGGACACGCCGUGCCGUUUCCCAGUGACAGAGGGGACCCACAGCGACACGAUCCGCGCCUGCAGUCCGCAGCCGGGGCUCCACUGGCUUCACGCUGCUGCUCAUGAUUUUGACAUUUCUCGGCGGGGACUGGCAACAUGUGCGUCCGGAUGGUGUGAAGUGUGACACGGCGGCUUUGGGGUUGCAUUUCUCUCGGAUACGCUGAGUACCCGACGUUACGGCGCACCUUGUGUAAUAGAGAACCAUGAGCACUGUGGAGGAGGAGCCGGAUCACAUGAUACCAUGAAGACAAGCCUGCAGGUCCUGCGCUGCCAGCUGCUGAGUGUUCUAGCAUUCCUAGCACUGCCAGUAGGACUGGUGUCGUCAGCACAGGCGCCGUACCGCAGCCAGACGGUCCAGGACUCUGUCUACAUGGCAGCCGCUCGCAGCAGCCCCCUGUCUCCCCCACCAAAACCUCUCCAUCUGGACUGGCAUCAGGAAGGCUCCAGCAGCGGGGGAUGGUCCUCCAAAGGCGUUCAACCCGCUGACGUCCUCCUUCCCACCGUUGCCCUCCCCUCUUUAGCCAUGCUCCGUUCCACCCAAGCUUCAAGCCUGGCUCAUGAGCGUCCUCCCAUUCAUUACACAGAUACUGUCACACCAAACACUGUGAGCUCUGACGGCCACGUGAAUCAGCAGCAGCAGCAGCAGCAGCAGCCCAGCUCUGAUUUUGUAAAUCAAGGCCUCGUGCACAAAUUGGUCAGGUUACCUCAGAUCCAUAACCCAGUUACUGUCAGCACUAACCAGGCCAGCGGCAGCAAAGUGGUCCCAAAUAUAGAUGUGGAAUCUGCUGCAAGAGGGGCUCCAAACCCCCUGGCUCAGACCGGAUCAGACAGAGGGGAUAAACUUGAUGCACACCGCGUCGAUCCUCCGAGGCUGAGUGCAGAGGAACCCACACACCCCAGGCAGCAGCAUGUUCCAGAUCUGCAGCCCUCCUCCUUGACUGCUCUCUCUUCAGUGGACGCUGACGCUGCACGAGGCCUGAAACUCAGGGCGCAUGCUGUAGGGCCCCCGGAGCCGGCCGCCCACCACACUAUCACUCUGCGAGAGGUCAGCGCAGGGAACGAGCCCCCCACCAACAUGUCGCUGAUAUCCACCGUGUCCACCACGACCACUGAGCAGAAUACAACGGUCACCUCCGUCGACAACACCACAACCAGUGACACCAAUGGGGGUCAUGAUGAGGUUGUUCGAGGUAACAGCACCGACAGCCCCCCCGUGGUGCACAGGCAGGCGAUUGUGACUUCAAACGGAGGGCUGCUCUCCAACAGCAGCUCAGGCGAGGAGCCGGCGUCUGGCCCGGGGAACAGCUCGGAGGCGGCAUCCACCGCCAGGGGGAACUUCCAAAACAGGCAGGUGCCGGCCACCACCGAAGACCGGUGGACUGCUGAGAACAUCUCGGGCCCCACUGCUUAUCCCCCGCCGUCCCGCAUGCCCAUCUGCUUGAGCAGGAUGGACAUUGUGUGGAUUGUGCUGGUCAUCAGUGUGCCCGUGUCCUCGUGUUCCGUGCUGUUGACUGUGUGCUGCAUGAGGAGGAAGAAGAAGUCGUCAAGUCAGGAGAACAACCUCAGUUACUGGAACAACGCCAUCACUCUGGACUACUUCAGCAGGCACGCCGUGGAGCUGCCCAGAGAGAUACACACUCUGGAGAGUGAGGAGCAUGACACCUGUCUACCCCCUAAUGGAGACUACAGCGGCAGCAGCGUGGUCCUGGUUAACCCUUUCUGCCAGGAGACCCUCUUCAUCAACAGAGACAAAGCUUCGGCCAUAUAGAGACAGAAACAGAGAGCCACUGUUCGUUUCUCCUCCUCCUCCUCCUCCUCCUCCUCCUCCGCUCCCCCCCGCUGUCGUCGUCUAUUUUAUAUAUGUGGUAAAUAUUCAGAGACUUUGACUUUAUACUGUAUAUUACAAACACAAAGAGCAACCUGAGAGAAGAGUGAUGUAAAACAGACGCUAUUUACUAUGAGGAUGCACCUGCAUAUUUUUCUGAUGUACAUUUUCUACAAAAAGGCUUAAUUGUGAUAAAAGGUUUUUAUUGUCUUUAUAAAAUACAGAGUAUACGUGGUUUUGGUUAAUUACAGUGGCUAGAUGGUGAGUGCACUGUGGUGGUUGCCACGUAGAGAGGAAGAGAAAAAAAAUGAUGUGCUACGAAAACAUCGAAGCUGUUCUUUGUAAUUUUAUUUUUCUUUAAAAAAAAAAAAAUUAAUCCCAAAAUACUUAUAGCCUGUUGAACUUGAAUAUAGCGCCUAACGUUUUCCGAGGGGGACAAAAUAUGUGUGAAAAUGAGGUAUAUGAAAUCAGGGCUUGUGUUUAUCAACCAUCUAAUCAGAUCGUUUGUAUGAGGAAUUCGUUCUCUGCUUUUAACCCAUCAAAGCACACUUGGAGCAGUGAGUAACCAUGCAAGGCACCCAGGGAGAAGUUUAGGGGUUUUUUAAGUGCUUGCUCAAGGCGCUUCAUACAUGGAUAUAGGGGGGAUUCAAGCCAGUGACCACAAGGUCCCAAAGCUGUUUCUUUAUCCUCCAUAAUGCCAAUAUAGGUCACUGUUCAUGCUCAGUCAACCAUGGGAUCUGUGGGGGCCACGUGAACUGAGGUUCAAGCCUAGUGUGGUACCCCAUGUCUCUCGUACAGUCACUUCCUGUUUCUCUCCACUAUCAAAGUAAAAGCAUGAAACAGGGCCGAAAAAAAAAAUCUAAUGUAUUCAGAAUGUAUAAUUGGCCUGCAUUUCCAAUAAUAAAUGAAAUACAGUGUGUUUAAAGAGUGAUUUUCACCAUAAAUCAUAAACUCAAAGCAGUUUUAUAAAAGAUAGGACUAAAUAUCUGUAUGAAUAAUGAAUAUGUGUUAAAAUGAUAAUAAUUUAGCACCAGCUGAUAAGUGCAACAGGAAUCGAUGAAAGGAAACAUCGCUCAACAACCUGUUAAACAUAAAUGAUGACACAUAAACCUGUGUUUCAUCUACUACACUCAUCAGCAUGUGCUCUUUAUCCACUUAGAAAAUCUAUGGGGCAUUUAUAGGUCAAUAAAUAUUUGAUAUAACUGGAUUUGAUAAUGAGCGCAGAGGAAGUGAAGGAUUUAAUCCUUUGGCAGCUUGAUAAAUACAGGCCCAGAUUUUACAGGUCAAUCUGAGCAGAUUUUUGAGGCGACCUGGAGUCCAAACAUCCAAUAAGAUUUGACUGACGGCUCGUCCGUCAAUCAGAUGGACUUAAAAUGGCUUUCCCCCUCAUGUGUCACCAGCUUCUCUGAAGAGGGACCACAUAGAUGUCUUAAUUCCUUAUGUUGGCUCUUUAUCAUUACUAUAUGUGUGUGUGUGUGUGUGUUUGCACUGAAGUAUGUGAGUGAACAGAUGAGGAGUUACCCAAGCAUCACAGUUACUUUAAGUCGAACCAGACUUUGCGUCACAGUUUUCUCUGUUUCUGUGUGUCUGUUGUCGUGUGCGUCCGUCUGUCUCUUGCUCCUGUAAGUGUUCUCAUAAACAUUGUGUUUGUAAGCUGAAUAUUUACUGUGAGCACAUACAGAGGCGGUUUAAAUUUUUUUUUUUUUAAGUGCGUUUGAAUAUUUUGUUUUAUUCUUGAUCCUGUGGUCCUUCUGUCACUCGUUUUUACUUUGCAUCGCUGCGGUUCUAUUCAGUAAUCAAUGCUACCUGCCUCUAUCGUCGCUAAAGAUUUCCUGCAUUGUGAGAUGUUGUUCUGAAAUCGCCGAGUCAAAAGGUGACGCUGAAUAACACAGCUGAACAUAUUGAUAUUUCCUGCAUCAGAUGCUCACAGCUGGGCUUGUUGUUUUGCACGCUCAAAAAGUGGAUAUUUUACAAAACGUUCAGUGGCACGGUGGAGCAGUGUUUAAACAUUAUGUAUUUUUUGUACUGUAGUUAUACACUGUACUUUUUACUGCUGAGCAAUAAAACUAAGAAAAAACAUGGA